CUGACUGACGUUGCAGCCAUCACUUCACAGAACAAACUUGCAUCGCGAAGAUGUGGUCUGUUCACUGUUUCGGUUCCUUGAACGACCUGCCAUUGCCAACAUGCCUCAGAGGGUACAAGGUAGUCGCAGCAGUCCUCUUAGAAUAGGAAUGAUUGGGGGCGGGACGGUGGGCGGCGGAGUCUAUGAGAUCUUGAUGGGCAACAGUGGAAAUGGAGGCCACCAACUCCCCCACUUGCGACGGCCCUGUGUCAUAUCCAAGAUCUGUGUCAAGGAUCUUUCCAAACCACGGAGCUUUCACUUGGACUCGGAGGUUUCGUCUCUGGUGACAGAUGUCAAUUCGAUAUUGAACGAUGACUCGAUUGAAUUGAUAAUAGAAGUCAUGGGUGGAACCGAACUCGCCAAGACCGUGGUUCUGGAAGCUCUCAAGAGGGGCAAGGCCGUCAUUACGGCCAACAAGUCACUGAUUGCCGAGCACAUGUCUGAAAUCGAAAAGACGUUAGCCACAAAUCCAAAAUCACAAUUCGCCUAUGAAGCAGCUGUUUGUGGUGGGAUACCCAUUGUUCAAGUCUUACAAUCCUGUUAUGCUGGAGAUGUGAUACACCAAGUCAUGGGUGUUUGCAACGGCACAAUCAACUACAUGUUGGGCAAAAUGGAGCAAGGCAUGCCUUAUGAACAGGCACUGACCGAAGCACGUGAUCUAGGCUUCUUGCUGGAAGGAGAUACCACAAACCUAGUAGAAGGAUACGACGUACGAGCGAAAAUUGCAAUUUUGGCAAAGCUGGCCUUUGGUGUUACAGUAUCUCCUGUGAAAAGCAUCCCCUGCAGGGGCAUAACAGAGCUCUCUUCCAUUGACUUUGAAUAUGCAAAACUACUUCACUGCACCAUCAAAUUGCUGGGGACUGCGGGACGAAUGUCAAGAUUUGCCCAGUAUGACGGUGCUUUAUCAGUUUAUGUGAGCCCUGUAAUGAUCCCCAAUGAUCACUUAUUGGCGUCAACUCGAGGCAACAACAACUGUGUUGCUGUCAACUCUGGAAACAUUGGUCUAUGCACCUAUUCAGGACCUGGAGAAGGUAGAUUUCCGGCGGCAAACUCGGUAGUGGCGGACAUUGUUCGAGUGGCCAACAGCAGCAUGACCAGUCGACCCGCCGCCAGUGGCGCCUUUCCACUGCAGUCCACCAUAUCCCUGGAUUUUGACUUUACUCGGGCCUGGUAUAUCAGGAUCCCGUUUAUGGAUUCUAUUGGCAUCAUCCGAACGGUGGGAGAGCUAGCAGAAGACAAUGAUGUAUCCAUACACUCCAUUCUCCAGAACCCCAUCCUCGAUAGGAUGGAAGCUGACUUCUGUCUAACCACUGAGGAAUGUAAAAUGUCUCAAGUGAAGGCACUUUGCGACGAUCUCGAGCAGCAAGACUUUGUGCGUGGUCCUCCUUUGUUCCUGCCAUUGCUGUGGGAGCAUCCCUAGAUCUAGCGACAAAGAACUGAAUAACUCCCGCAAAGAAACACCGCCAGUCGGUCUCUGGUGUUAUUGUGGUGCGGCGGUUACUGGCAACAAGCUUCUAUGUAAUGUUCUAGCUGUAGUAAUAGUGUAUCUUAGUUUUGUGUUACUAUAUG